UUUCUUUUUGAAGAAAGUUGUUUGCAGGUUUAAAAAGCUUAAAGAUACGUCCAAAAACCAUGUAUCAUCAUCCUUUCUUUUCUUACUUUUACCACCCCUCCUUCCUAGUCUUGCUCUUCUCUCUCAACAUGGCCAAAGCUGAUAACUUGGGACCAACAAAUACAAAAACAAUAGUAGACAAGACAGAGAGAGGGAGAGAGAGAAAGAGGCUGCAGGCCCAAAAACCAUAAAUAAAUAUAUGUGAUAGAAGGAGAAACCAACAGAGAGAGAAAGAGAAUAGGUCUUCCUUUCCUUGUGGUGGUUAAGCAGUGUUGUAGAGUUGCAAAAAGCAUGUUGAGACUUUGAGUUUAGAACUGUAGUGUUUCUUUCUGGGAUAAGAAGAAAAAGUCACAAUAGACUAUAAAGAAGGUUGAAAGAAAUAAUAGAGAGUUUAACUCUAAAGGCUCUAAUUGCCUAGGGAGAGAGAUGGUGGGCUCAGGAACAUCAGAUAGGAGCAAAGAAGCUGUUGGGAUGAUGGCCCUUCAUGAGGCCCUCAGAAGCGUCUGUCUCAACACAGAGUGGACUUACUCUGUCUUCUGGACCAUCCGUCCUCGCCCAAGAGUCAGAGGUGGUAAUGGGUGCAAGGUUGGAGACGACAACGGCAGCUUGAUGUUGAUGUGGGAAGAUGGAUUCUGCCGAGGAAGUUUGGAAGAGAUUGAAGGAGAAGAUCUAGUGAGGAAAUCCUUCAGCAAGAUGUCGAUACAGUUGUAUAAUUACGGAGAAGGGCUGAUGGGGAAAGUUGCAUCUGAUAAGUGUCACAAAUGGGUCUUUAAAGAACCAACAGAAUGUGAACCUAAUAUCUCCAACUACUGGCAAAGUUCUUUUGAUGCUCUCCCCCCUGAAUGGACUGAUCAGUUCGAGUCAGGGAUUCAGACAAUAGCUGUGAUUCAGGCUGGUCAUGGUCUUCUGCAGUUGGGCUCCUGCAAGAUUAUACCUGAAGACCUUCAUUUUGUGCUAAGAAUGAGGCAUACCUUUGAAUCUCUUGGCUACCAAUCUGGUUUCUACCUAUCCCAGUUGUUUUCUUCAACCAGAAGCUCAUCCUCUUCCACUUCCAUUCCUUCAAAACAAUCCGCCAUGCCAAUCCGACCACCCCCUCCUCUCUUCAACUGGGCACAAAGGCCACUCCCAACUCCCACUUCUAUGCUUCCUUCACCUAAUUACCAGAACCCGGCAGCAAGACUAGGCUUUCCCCAAGCCAAAGAUGAGACACGCAUGUUCCUGCAUCCUCAUUCAUCAUCUGAUACCCGAAUGGAAGACAUGAUUGGAGGAGUAGGAGGUGGCGGAGAUCAGCAUGAAAAUGACAUCAAAUGGCCCAAUGGUUUGUCGUUCUUCAAUGCACUCACUGGAAGAAGUGACGAUGCGAAGCUUCUGUUCAACACUGACAACUUGGGAAACAAACAGGAGAACCAAAACCAUCACCCCAAUUCAGAUAAUGCUUGUCCUGGAAAUUCAAACGAGCGAUUGAGUUUAGACAGCCACACAGCUGAGGUUGGUAGGAAGAAUAAUAGCAUGGAAAACAAGUUCAAGAGGAGCUUUACUUUGCCUGCAAGAAUGGCUGCAUCGUCUUCUUCCACUUCGGUCAAUCAUCAUCACCACCAACAAGUGGAGUACAGGAAUUCUGAGCACGGGGGUUUGUACACUGAUGUCAUGGAUACCUUCUUGGAUUGAUCAUGAUAAUGGUCCCAGUAGGGAUAUGUAAUAGUGGGCAAGGGUUGGAAAGGUGCUGUACGUAUCUAGGCAACUAUUUUCGGUUCCCUUGCAACCCAAUAGUUUCCUUUGUUUAAUUUCAUGCUCUCAAUAUUAUGUGUUUCAAUCCUCUCUAUAUAUUGUUUUCUUUGCUUGUUCAUUUGUUGUAGUCUUGUAGUUCUUUCAAAAUAGACGAGUUUUUUUUUUA